AUGUCGAAGUUUCGAAAUAUUAUAUUUCUCUUGUUUUUAAUUUCUCAAACCAUCAGUGUAAGCAGCGAUGAUUUUAAGGAGGAAUUAUACAUCAAACCUUUACCGCCUAUGCACUUAUAUGUAUAUUUUCAAUUUAUUACACUAAUCACUGGAGAUACAUAUGAACACUCUCAUCUAGCACCUCGUUCCUUAAAGGAAAUAAUGUCAAGGUUUCAAGUUGAAGAGUUACACUUGACAUUAACAGAAGGACAAUGGCGACACAAGCAAUGGGGCUACCCAGUCAUGGAUGCAGCACCAGGUGCUGAACUUUAUGCAUGGUUCGCACCAACUGUAACUGAUGUCAAUGCUAAUUGGAAAAAAUUAAGUGCAACACUUUCCGGCCUAUUCUGUGCAUCAUUAAAUUUUAUUGAUGCCCACAAUACAAUCAGUCCUAAAAUGGCUUUGACACCCUUAGGAGCUAUGAACAUAGGCCUUAAUUAUACAUCACAGUUUGCAAGAUAUGCAUCUUUACCUCGAGAAAUAGUUUGUACUGAAAACUUAACACCCUGGAAAAAGUUAUUACCCUGUGAAUCAAGCCAUGGUUUUGCGUCACUUUUAAACUCAAGGCUCAUUCACAAUACAAACUACCAUUCUAUAGGUGUACAUAUAAGAAAAGUUUGCUCAAAUAAUGAAUGUACUAAUUACAAUUUUGAGGUGAAGCAAACAGUUGCCCUUGUGUAUGAUUUCAAAAUUAUAAAUAGUAUCAACUGGUCUUUUAAAUUAUUAUUUGGGCAAGGAUUAUUUGGUGGAUGUCCACUUUCAUCAUCAAGUAAGAUUUACAUUGAUCUUACAUCAAAUGACACUUUGCCAUUCAAAUUGUCGCCAAAGCCAAUCAGUAUUAUUCAGUCCCAAAGAGGGGGAAGUGACACAUUAUUAGCUGUAUAUGAUAUAAAAGCUGACAGCCCUAUGAUAAAUAUUGGAGCCAAGCAUAGCAUAGAUAAUAAGUUUUCAGUAACUAUACCUCCACCACUGCAUUUCAAUCGCUAUGUCCUAGGUUAUGGUAAAGAAUUUGGUGGAAUUGUUACAGAAAUAACAAAUACCUAUUGGGCACCAAUUGAUAUUAUUCUAUUAGAAAAUGCACCAUGGUGGUUACCAAUACAACUGAGCACUCUUAGAAUAAAUGGAGAGGCUGAAAGUAGUCUUAUUUUAAAACAAUAUUAUUCACCAGGCCGCAGUAGGCAAAGACCUUACCACUUAGAAUUACUUAUGAGACUGCCACCAAAAUCAACUACAACAGUGACAAUUGACUUUGAAUUCGUAUUUUUAAAAUGGCAGGAAUAUCCUCCAGAUGCAAAUCAUGGCUUUUAUAUUGGCUCUGCUUUAAUUUCUGCAAAACUACCAACAGCCAAGAAUUAUACCAGUAUACCAGUUGAUGGCACUACAUUGGAGUCAGUAAUUAAUGCUUCAAAACCAUGGUAUCCUGCAGUCUUCAGAACAAAUGGUGCUAUGGUGUCUUUGCCUACACCUGAUUUCAGUAUGCCAUACAAUGUAAUAUGUCUUGCAUGCACUGUUGUAGCAUUAGCUUUUGGACCUCUUCACAAUAUAUGUACUAAAGAAUUAGUGUUAAAACCAUCUGGAACACCGAUUUCAUUGCGCCAAAGAAUAAUUAAUUUAUUUAAGAAAAAGAAAGAUUAG